CCCUCGCCGCCUCACCCCCUCGCCGCCUCACCCCCUCGCUCCCUCACCCCCUCGCUCCCUCACCCCCCUCGCUCCCUCGUCUCGGAGAUCGCUGGGGUCUUCGCCGCCGCCGUUGGCGAGGGAGCGGCAGGGGAGACCCCCGGACUCUUGCUCUGGGGUCUGCUUGGAACCGGAUCCACCGCAGGGGUCCGUAGGCGGGACCGCACCCCCCCCUGCGUGGGGACCCCUGGGAGAGGAUGGCGACCCCGUCGCCGGCACAGACCCCCGAGUCGGCGAGGCGAGGGGACCCGGACGGGAUGACGUGGUGGUACCGGGUCCUGCUGCGGGUGGCGGGGGUGUGUGGGGCCCUGGCGUGUGCCAUCGCUGGUCUCUGGAGCUGCAUCACCGUGAGCCCACUCACUCUCCUGGCUGGCAUCUUCAUGAUGCUGACUGCGGCUGUGCUGCUGCUAUGCGAGGCUCCGUUCUGCUGUCAGUUCGUGGAGUUUGCAAACGUGGUGGCGGCACGUGCCGACCGCCUAAAGCCCUGGCACAAGGGCCUGGUGUACUGCAUACUGGCGCUGGUGCCCGUGUUUCUGAGUGCCGGCCUCACCACCAUCCUGGGCAAUGCCAUUGUGUUUGGUACCGGCGUCCUCUACGGCCUCGCCUCACUCGGCAAGAAGGGUGACGCGGUGUCGUACGCGAGGCUACAGCACGGCCAGAAGUCGGACGACAUCCCCCUCGCGGAGAGGGGUGGCGUGGAAGGGGAGCCCUGAGGACACUCCUGACAACAUACACCGCUCGCACACACACAGAAUACGUAGCACACGCAUAGCAUAGAUAGUACACACACACACGGUACAUACAUAAACAUAGCGUUAACAGUACACACAUAGCACGUGCAUGCAUACAUAGUCCACACAAAUAAAGCACACGCAUAGCUUAAGGACAAAGAUCACUGAUUAAGGCUGACGGUGUGGUCAUCACUAUUCCCGACCGCCUUUGUCUCCCUGGAGCUGACGAUGUGUGUUGAACACACCGCACCAGGCACUCAUGUCUUAGGACUGAGUCGAGCUAGUGGGAGGCCUGGGAAAGAUACAACUCGCCACUGAAGCGGGGAUGAAACCGAGGAGACCGAUGGGGUUGGUGGUGCAGUGCGUUAACCACGACGCUGCUCACCCCCCAUGUAGUAACACGCACAUCAUACCCUGACACAGUAACGACACUCACCGUUCGUACCGUACACGGUGUAUAAACACACUACAAUGCUAGGGGCUCGUCAGCUAUUGUUUACACAACCACGCGCUGGGCAAAUCCUGGAGGCGCGUAGUGUGGGCUCUGACAUUGGAGCCGGGCACGCGGGGUAAAGGAUAAAUCCACAGAGCACAGAGAACGCACGUGCUGUACGCUACAAAGACAAAGAUCCCGCGGAUAGCCUUCACAGACUGCUGGGGCAGGCGCUGUUAGCGAGCACCUAUGAAUGCCGGAACGGCGCAAUUAGGAGGGGGAUGGUGUGGCCAGCUCCACGCCCGGCAGCCUUUGUGUCCCCAAUGCUGAUGUUUACACACCGCACCAGCUACUCGGGUUGAGUCGACCUAAGGAGAAGGCCUGCUGACGGUUCGGAUAAAAGUCACCGGUAGUUGUUGGCCGUGAGUGGGAAUCGAACUCGGGUCGUGUGAUUCCUCGCGCGGAACGCCAACAGCUGCGCCACCGCUCUCCGCAAUCCACCGCUGUACAAAACCCCCUCUGCACGCGCAAAUCUUACAAUAGGGUACACGGGAAACAUAGCCCUGGACACGCACACCGCGCACACACCCCUUUAACUAUAUAUAAGAUGUUAACCACGCGUCUACACACCUCUCCCGAGAGUGACGCUACAUACACUCAACGGGGAAGGGCGCCACGCGAACACGCGUGCGUCUUGGCUGAGCGCGAGUGCAAUUGUUGGCACGAGGAAGGAGGCGAUGGCUCUUCUUCCUCCAGGUGCCGUGCGGGUUGUGGUUGUUUUAUUGUGGCUGUAGUAUCGGCGGUAGUUGUGGUGGUUGUUAUUGUAGGCAUAAUAAACGGCGUGCGAAGACAUUC